AGAGACAUCGGCAGUAAUAUCACCGUCACCAAAUUCUAAUGAAUAUGGAAAAACUUGGAAUAUUAAAGCGUUUUAAAACUAUAAAAGCACGGACCGGAACUUUCUGUUUUAUUUGGCGAGAAAUCUACGAACAUAAUCAAAGCCUCUUGAAUUUUUCAUGAAAGAGUUGUUUAUACAUUGGAAGAUCUGAUACGAAGAGAAAGGCAUGGAGUAUUCAGUCCGAGUUUCCUUGUGGUUCCUGGUAUUUUCAGCCGCAUCGUACCAGGUGUCCGGCUUUCACUUCCGUGGAGGAAUUCUCACUUGGAAGCCCCUACCAAUUGAGCCAAGAUCGAUUCAAGUGAAUUACUGGGUGGCUUGGAAGAAGGAUUUCAGCGAACGGCUGUUUGAUGUCUGCACCCCGCAGACCGUGGUGGAGCAGACGCCGCUGUACACCGGCAAGUCGCUGUACUGCGGCGAGGAGGUCUGCCUGCAUGAUAUGGACUACGUCUGCACCGACUACAACGCGGCCGGGGACUAUGCUGCGGGCCAGGGCUCGCAUACCAUCGCCGUCCCGGACGGAACAGAUGCGUUCGAUAUCAGUUUUCGGAGUUGUUGCUGGGUGAAUUUGGAGAACUACCCCGUGCCAAGGCACUAUCUACUGAACGCAACAGUGGACCUGACACCUCGGAACAAUCGGGGCGGUAUCAUAAACUCCUCUCCAGUCGGUGCUGUCGUACCGGUUCAGCUCGUUCAGCAAGGGUGCACCCAUGUUAUUCGGAUACCAGUGAGUGACCCAGAUGGUGAUGUGGUGAGAUGCCGAUUCGCUGACGAGUCAAACCGGGAGUGCUUCAAAGUCUGUGGUCCACUGGCCAAUGCCGACCUGGAAAACUCAGGGGAUGAGUGUGUGUUAAUUUACGAUGGUUCCUCGCCUACUGUGGGAUGGUAUGCAGUCACCAUCAUGAUUGAGGACUUCAACAGAAGAAGGAGUCGUAGACCUCUCAGUAGGGUACCGCUUCAUUUCUUGAUCAAUGUGACAGCGACUGAUGAUAAUUGUCACCAGCCUCAAUUUGUGAGCCCCACCCCUGAGAACGGCGACUGUCUGCCGGCCGCAGUGGGCCAACGGAAGACCAUCAAGCUGGCUGCAAGGAGUGAGGAUUCACGGUACACAAUUUCAGGGAUUUCCACCUUUGGUCUGCCUUUGGGAAUGGAAGUCUCACCUCUGACCUCUGACCCAGAUGACCCCUUGACCUUUUUCAUCGAGCUAGGCUGGGUUCCCCGCAAUAACCAAGUUGGUCCCCAUCAGAUCUGCUUCGCGGCAUUUGAUCGGAAAGACAACAAAGAAUUUGCAUCUGAUCAAGUUUGCAUAAACGUUUAUGUUGGAGCCUUGGUUGCACACCCAGUCCCUGAGACUUCCAGUCCACAGCCAGGAGACAUUGUGGAUGUAUCCAAUCAGGAGUGGGAAAUCCAUUUCAAUUCAACGAUAAUGCAGCACACCACCGAGGCCGGUGCCAUCGUGUCCUUCAUCAGAGCCGACACGGGCGAGCCCGUCCACACAGUGAACCUAGCCUCCGAGUCCGAUCCCAACAUCCAGUUUCCCAUGUCGGACACUGUGGUCUUCAACACCCCCGGGUUCAUCCUGGAGGGGGAGACGGAGUACAUCCUGCGGGUGCACGAGGGCGCUGUUCGCAGCGACACGGACUGCAAGUCCCUCUCAUCUGCUCAUGAGUGGCACUUUGAGACCGGGCCGGACCGUUCCCUCCCGGCCACCAGGUUUUCUCCCGAGGAGAUCAGACGCACCCCCACGGCCGUGCCGGAAUGUUUCUCCAGCUUCAUGCUGAUCUACGUGUCUAAGUCCUGGCUUGCAACCGUCAGUUCACUCACCGACCCGGCUGGGAUGUACCUGAAUGACCCAUUAUGCAUUGGAGAAGACUUCAACGAGACACACUACGUCCUUGGGGCACCACAUGACAUGUGUGGUACCGUUGUAGAAUCUGAAAGCAGCAAUAUUCAAACGGUUGAGAACAUUGUCCACAUUCCUCCGCAACCCCUGAUUAACGGCUCCCUCAUCACCAGAGACAACAACAUCGAGGUCCACGUGACCUGCCGCCUGGAGGGGGCAAAGGUCACCCACGCUCAGUUUGACCCCAACAUCACCACCAUUGUCUACCAUGAGACGGGCUACGGGACCUUCAACUUCCAACUGCGGAUGUUCCAUGACACAACCUUCGGGCCUAAGUACAAGCCUAGUAGUUACCCUAUUGAUGUGUACCAGCGACAGCGGUUGUACUUUGAAGCCAAGGUCAUAUCCGAUGAAGACAUGUCUGUAUUCCUGGAGUCCUGCAGAGCGACCCCAACUGCCAAUCCAAGAGAUCCAACACACUACAUCUUCAUCAAUAAAGGAUGCCCGGUUGACGACACUGUCGAGUUCCAUCAUCAUUCCAGCACCAUACGAAAGCGGUUUUCCAUCGAGGCUUUCGCCUUCAUCGGCCACAACCUUCAUGGAUCGGUAUUCAUUCACUGUGACAUAGCUACGUGCUUUGCGGAGGACGUUGAUUCUAAAUGUGCCAGGGGCUGCGUGGAAACUCCAUCUAUUGCUAGGAGAGAUACAUCCGAGACUGGUUCCUCAUCCUCCAAAGCCUAUCCAAACACAGAUGGGCCUAUUAGGAUCCAUACCGGAGAGAAAGACACAGUGAACCAAGCAAACCCAGUGAUGCUGGCUCCCAGUCAGUUCAACUUCUCCCUAGUGGAGCUACCGAUGCUGACGGCAACCAUCCUCCUGCUUUUCAUCAUUCUUGUCGUUCUGGUCCGAGCCUUCAAGUUCAUGAGGCGGAGUAAGAAGCAGCAGACACCCAUGUACCCUCACCGCGUGGACAGGAUCAAACUGCCUUCCAUCAGGAUUGGCAAUGAGUAACGUCUCAUAUGUAUGUCUGAUUCCAUUUGCAUCUAUGGACUCCGUGCACUUGAAGUACCCCCUCAUGUGGUUACAAGUGGAGAGUUGGGGGAGACCAUUGGGAGGGAUGUUUUGAACGCAUUGUCAGUGGCGCCUGACGCUGACACAUAGACGCUACGGAUUUGUGCAUAUUCAGUGUAACAUAUUAGUUGUACGUAGUUCGCGUCAUACGCGUGGAAACCAGUUUACAUACAUGCGAAAUAGUUAUAUUCAUCUAUUUCUUUCUGGUAAUGAAAUCAAGGAUUCCUCACAAGUGCCCUAGGUACUACGUAGCUCAAAAGCUUGUUGAAACUGCAGAGAGAGAAGACAAUGAGCAGGCAUUACAGUUUUUAGAGGUGGGAGGAAAACCCCAGAAGAAUAUUUUGGGGAAAACCCACAGAAUUAGGUAGGGACUGAAAACCCAAUCCACAUGUGGUGCGGGCAGGAAUGGAACCCAGGCCAAAGCAGUGGAAGGCGAGGACAGUAACCACUAAGAUCUAUUAAUUUCUCAGACUGGCACAAAUUGACUCAACACCUGUUUACUUAAACGUAUUUUAAAAAUACUACAUGCCUAUUUAGUUUGUAUACUAAGACUUGUACCUUUAUAACGUGACAUAAUAAAGCACAUGAAGAAUUAUUUCCUUUUCAUCGUUUCUUUACGGACAGGCUGCAAAAUCAGAAAACGAGACUACUUUUAUCAUUUUGCCAUGCAUUGUAUAAUAAUGCUUGCUUUAUUUACAUUUCACGUACAAAAAAAAGAAAAUGUCAUAAACCAUAUUUAGCACAUCACACACACUUUAUGCUCCCAAAGGAUUCAAGAAUUGAAAAAUAAUACAUCAUUUUACAAGUUUAAAAGUGCAUAAAUUACAAAUAGGUGAUUUACAAGUACAGUGUAUUCAUAUAAUAAUUGUUUAACUUUAUUUUAUAUUUGCUUUUAUGAACUGAUACAUGCAUCUACACACUUUAUAUACAGUAUUCUUUACAAUGAAGCUUAUUUUUUAUUAUUUUUGUUUUAACAGCAAAGAUAUACUAACCAAAUAUGGGUUAGCAUUUACAGGGUAAUAUGUAGACCUCUGGGUACACUUCCUCUGUUUUCCAAUUGAUACGAUGAGUGGUACAAUUGCCUCUUAUCCCCAUUAAACAAAUCACAGCUAGGGCAUGAAAAGUUGUGUUUUUUUUUUUCAUGCUUUGAACAUUAAAAAUCAUGAAUUAGAAAAAUCAUGACAAGUUCUUAUGCCAGAAUUUUUCCGGCAACUGUUACAAGCUUGGUCAAGCCUGCAACAGUUUUACCUGUUAAGUUUAGUACAUCUUGUGAAAACUAGCAGUAGUGUGUGCCUAUUGUAUACCAUUUGUGAGGGGUACUACUAUAUUUUACUCAUGUUCUACAUUAUAUUUUGUAUAUAAAAUAACACCACAUUUUUAAAUUAUGCAUGGAAAUGGUGAGCUUAUGUAUAGAUGCUUAUUAUGUGUAAUACUUUUAUGAUAACUAUACACAGUAUUCUAGCAUAAUUUCAAUUAGCCUAUUUGAGAGAUGACAGACACAAUAGGAAGACGCUAUUUUGGCUUGGGUAAAUUUGGGUAAACACAAAAUAGUUUACCCAGACCAACUAAUGCCCUCCUAUGGUGUGUAUCAUAUCUUAAAAUUGGCUAGUGCUUUGCUCAAAUAGAAACUUAACGCUGUGCUACAACUGUGUGCCUAAGUUUCAGUAAGCUACCGUUAAUAUGUAAACAGUGUCAUUUCUCAAAAUGUGUGAUUCACGCAGCUACAUGUGUAAUAUGUUUCAGAAAAUGUAUGCAAAACUAAAAAACCUUUUUGAGAUUUCAAUUAAUAAAGGAAAAUUUGACCUUUG